AUGGAGGCCCGUUUAAGUACGUAUAAGCCAGGCCAUGGACUAGAAGAACUCUUCAGUGAUAAUUUAGAACAGUUCUGGCACACAGAUGGAAACCUUCCACAUUACAUAGAAAUAGACUUUAACCAGAUAAAGAAGUUAGUCAGUAUAAGGAUGAACUUAGGCCAUACACAGGACAAGAGUUAUAUACCUAAAGAUAUAGAAAUAAGAUACGGAAAGACACGGGAAAUGGCAAGCGGACUAAAAAGCACAGUAAUAACAGACAAAAUGCCUAUUAUAACCAUACCAAUAGACGAAUACUGUGCAUAUGUACAGAUAGUCAUACUGAGUAACCAUCAGGAAGGAAGAGAUUCACGGAUCAGAGGACUCUCAUUAGCAUGUUUAGAUUAA